AUGAUUCAGACCAAAGCAAUCGUCCCGGACUGCAGCGACAGCCACAACGAGGCCGCCGAGAGCAGCCUCAGCAGAGAGAUCGACCUGGUCAACAGAGACCCCAAGGGCCUGAACGAGGAAGCCGUGAGGGUGGACUUUGAGGAUGUCAUAGCUGAGCCGGAGGGGACCCGCAGCCUGGACGGCGUCUGGAAGGCCAGCUACACCGCCUUCACCGUCUCAAAGUACUGGUGCUACCGGCUGCUGUCGGCCCUCCUGGGCGUGCCCCUGGCACUGCUGUGGGGCGUGCUCUUCGCCGUGCUGUCCUUCGCCCACGUGUGGCUGGCGGGCCCCUGCACCCACAGCUGCCUGGCGCAGUGGCAGUGCCUGGGCCGAGUGUACGGGCACGGGGUGCGGACGCUCUGCGACCCCCUGUGUGAGUCCGUGGGCGGAAUGUUCCAGGGUGUGCGAGUGCUCCUGCGGAAGGAGGUGUGA